CCUCCCCGUCACAUCCUAAAUAAAAACUGGAAGCAGAGUGAAAAAAAAAGGGGAUCUCUGCUACUUGUUUGUUUUCGAUUCUUCUCCUACCUCUGCGCAAGCUUCGUCUUCGUUCUUCCUCUGGAAACGAUGGACGCGAUUAGGAAUCUGAAGAUAAAGACAUCGACUUGCAAAAGGAUUGUGAAGGAGCUUCGUUCCUAUGAGAAAGAAGUUGAGAGAGAAGCUGCCAAGACUGCUGCUAUGAAGGACAAUGGUGCUGACCCUUACGACCUUAAACAACAGGAGAAUGUGUUGGGUGAGUCAAGGAUGAUGAUUCCUGAUUGCCACAAACGUCUCGAGUCUGCUUUAGCUGACCUCAAGUCUACUUUGGCGGAAUUGGAAGAGAAGGAAGGUCCAGAAGUUGAAGAUGCAAAGAAGACUGUCGCUGAUGUGGAGACGCAGUUUCCCACUGAAGAUGCCUGAUUUUAGUCAUCUAAAGAGUGUUGUUUGGUGUGUAUUCUGAGAAUGAUUAAAAUGCUGAGUUUGACGAUUAUCAAUUGUGAGAAUCUCCUCUUUUUUUCUUUCAAUGCUACAAUUGUUCUCGUUUGCUCUUAAUACAUUUUAGUGACUUUUCUUUCUAUUUUUAUCUAAUUAAUAAA